AUGAACUCGUCGAGAGCUUCUUCAUCCUCUCAGUCGUACCCAUCCCUCGAAGCGAGCUCGUCACGUCCCUCCACGGCCGUUGGCCGCGAUACGAGCGCAGCCAGCGUGCAAACGAAAACACAAGCGGAAAUACCGACAUUAAAUUCUUAUUCGCCGAGAAACACGGCCAGUAGCAGACCCCAGCAUUUACACGAUGAUCGCAGUUCGGACAACCUGCGUAGUACGUCGCCCGACAGCUCUGCGCUCUCUGCAAUCUCAGGGACCCACGGACCAGCCCAUGUCACACAAAUUGUAUACGGAUCCCUCAAGUCAGAACCUUCUGACCAGAGCAGCGGACAUGGACACGCGACGGCCAACUACGCAUCCAGCCCUCCUCCUUCGACUGGAGAUCAACACAUACCCUCGAUUGUCACAAAGCCCGCCACACCGUUGAAUACCAGACCCGGCAGUCCCAUCGAUGCUCCGUGGAAAUCGCAGUCUGAGAGGCGAAGCAGGCCAUCAUCACCAGCUGCCCACCCAUCAUCACCGGCGCAAAUGAGAAGUUCGCCCAAAAUGGACGACCCCCGUCGGUCGUCGACCACGGUCGAGGCCACACGACGGACAGACUCUCAGCUACUAAGCACGACGCUGGCGAAUAUUCCACAACGUGUAGAUUCGCCUACCCUUGCAGACGCUACGUCACAGUCUACACCGCCCCGGAGUCCCGUCCUAUCGCCGUCCCCCAGGCUCUUGUCCGGCAGCCCAAGAAGGGACCGUUCGCCUGCGUUUAGGUCCGGAUCUCCGCUGGCGCAGAGCAUCUCGCCUGUUCCAGGAGCAAUCUCAGAGUCUGGAAAUGGGAUUUUGUCGCCUCGAUUGAGCCCAGUACCUUCGCCGGCCACCUCACCGGGUAUAGAAAGAUCAAAUCCUUUGUCGCCGAACUUGCUUUCUGUCUCACUACCGACAAGAGUUGAUGAAAUGGACUACUCGUCCGAUUCCGGUGAUACAACCGUGCCUGUACCUGCACAAUCUGGUGGCGACUACUUUACGGACUCUGGCUCUGAUUCCACCCCGACCGGAAGCAGCCCCCAGGUGCCAGAUGGCCAAGACUCACCUAUCGUGCACUCUCCUCAUAUCUUCUCGAUAUCCGAGCGCUCUGAAGAGUCUGAAGACGACGACCCCGUGAUCGUGGAUCACGAGAUGGGCCAGUUUGACGAGGACCAACAGCAGGCCAUGUUCCUUGAUGAUGAGGGCCUCAGUGCUCUCGAGAAGAUUUACCUAUUCUCCAGAAGUACCUACGCUUUUCAUCGAUCAUACAUUUCCAAGCAGCUGCCUUUCCUAAUACGAGAGGUAACCCCGGCCGAGGCAGUGGAUUACGUCUGCCCGCUUCUGAAUGGACUGGGGACUGACGCAGAUGAGAGUGUCAAAGAGGUCUUUGUCCAAGAGUUGGUGCCCAUCAUUUGGUGGUUUUUCACCCACUGUCAAGUGGUGGAUCACAAUUCCGAAGGACCAGAGCCGAUCGAGGGAAUUACGUAUCUGCCUUCAGACGCGUUUACUCCUCUGAUCGGGUCUUUGCUCCUAUCCGCCAAUCCCAGAGUGGGCGAUGGAGCUCGCUUGGCAAUCGUCGAGCUCCUUAAUCGUCUACAAGGCUCUGAAAUCAAUGCCCAAGAUGAACGCUAUACGACACCCUCUCCAGAUACUCAGUUUGGGGAUGGAGAAAAGGAGAUUAUCAUUAGCGAGAUCAUGAACGGGGUUGUGCUGGGGAUGGGGCGAUUAGACUCGGAGUUUCAAGAGGCAGAACAAAUCGCCCGACAGGAAAUGGCACUUGCUGCUCAGCGAGACGGCCAGCGUUCGGGCGCGCCUUCUCCAGAGGAUCGCCAACCUCACGGCGAUUCGCCGUUCCUGUUUGAACCUUCGCCCAUCCCCGAUGCAAACCCUCUACCAACUGGCAGCCAAGGAUACUUUGAUCGAUCCACUCGGGGGACACAAAUUGACAGCGAUGGCUGGGUCACUGCGCCACCGAUUACUCCCGACGAAGAAUUGCAUCAGCUCGGAUCACUUGCCGAGUCGAGCUUUUCUGGUGAAAAUAUGCUCGAUUCGAUUCCGGAAGAGCCAGCAGCCAACGACACGAGCGAGGAAGCCACUGUUGGUCGAGUAGCAAGCAUGAGCGUGGUCGCUGCCAUUGCAGCCAAUGCCACUAUGCCACUGCAUAUGCAAGAAGUUUUCGUACAAGAGGUCUGGAGAGUGGGAUCGGAUCCAGUCUACUGGGUCAGACGCGAGGCAUCGUUUGCGAUUGGAGCACUGGCCAAAGUCGUUCCUCAGGAACUAAUCACAACGUACCUCUUGCCUCUCUAUGAGAAUCUUGUCCAAGACGAGCAGUGGCAUGUACGCCAUUCCAUCUUGUUUGCUUUACCAGGCAUUUUGGCGAGAAUAGAUCCCGCCCAGAGGCGUCUCUUGACCGUCCCGUCCCUUGUGCAGCUUUCUCGAGACCCUGCAGAUCCUGUUCGUUCAGGUUUGCUCGAAGUUUUGGGCGAAGUGAUCUACACGUUCCGGGAUGAUCCUGGAGGACCUCCUCGAGAGCUCCUCAAUCUCUUUGUCGCCACCGAACGGCAUUGGACCCUUGAGGACGCUCCUUAUCCAUCCCCAAACACUUUUGCAUCUCACACUUGGUUCAGUGAUCCUGAACGUCCCAUCAUCUGCGCUUUCAACUUUCCUGCCGUUAUCCUCACACUUGGGCCAGCACGCUGGCACGAGCUUCGGGAUUAUUACCUCCAUUUGACCCGAAGCGCUAACCCUAAAGUCAUGCGCACGCUUGCUGCGAGUCUAGGAGAAGUGGCAGCGAUCAUCGGGCCAGACGCGACCGAGCGAGACCUUGUGCCCGUGUUCCUCUCGUUCCUCAAAUCGGCGGAAUCGGAUGUCCGUGCCAAGCUCAUUGAGACGGCUCCAAAGUUUGCCGAGUGCCUCCCAGAAACCAAAAGAGAGCCAACUUUGUCCUCGUUAUCAUCCAUGUGGCUUGACCUGGGUGGUUGGCGUGAGCGAGAGGAUUUGGCCAAGCACUUUGGCGAGUUGAUCGUGCUUGCUGGUGAAAAUGCGCUCCUUGUCGUCGAUCUUGUGAGUCGAGGGCUCAGAGAUGAAGUCGCUGCAGUGCGUGAAGCGGCUGUAUCUUCGCUGCCAGAUGUGCUCAAAGCCCUUCGCGGGCGACCCGAGUUGGAAAAAGCGACGACGGAUCUUCUCUUGCUGGCUCAUGACGAGAGCUACCGCCGCAGAGUCACGUUCGUAGCAAGCGCGCUGUCGCUUGUCCAAGCUGCAGCAAGCCCAUCAGAGGUAGAUCUGCUUGUGAUCUGGGAUCCUGUUAGUCGGCUAGUUCGGGACCCAAUUGUCGAUAUUCGCAUUGGUGUCGCUAGGCUGCUCGCCAAAACCUGUGAACUCUUCUAUCCGGACGGAGAGAACCGGCCUCGAUAUCUCCAGGAUGGAGUCGACCAUCUCAGCAACGAUGAAUCGUCCCAAGUCCGUUCAUAUGUCGAAUUUUUAUCCAGCGAGACCGUCGUCACUCCGCCUGCUGUCGACAAUGUCAACCCUGCAAGGGCCUUCGCCAUCUUCUCAAAGCCACCUCGAGUAACCACUCAUCACGCCGAUCAAGACCUGGAAAGCGCAGUCCAGGACUUGACUUCUGCUGCGGAGAUGAUGGAUAUUGAAGAGAUUAGGGAGCCUGCGCGGAGUGCGGAGAUGAUUCCCCCUCAGAUCAUCGAGCCACCGCAACUUGAAGCGGUGAGCUCUUACCCCACCCGCCCAGUGCUUGUCAAUGCCGACUCUUCAGAGACAGUGACCAGCGGCUCAAGUCGCGGGGAUGAAUCGCAACCCAGCCCGAUCAAGCGAGAGCCCGAGGUCCCUCGAGGUCAAUCUCGACGUAAUGUUCACAUGUCACUCGGAGAGCUGCCUGUCUUUGUCGACUAUGCGUUGGAUCCUCGACAAGCAGGAUCCCAGGCCGCCUCGACGCCAUCUCCUGGCUCUGAACGUCGUGUCUCGUUCGAUGCGAUGAGCACCCAUUCCGACGGUUCCGACUCAUCUGGCCGACUCGAGUCUGUACCGCUUGGUCGUCGCUAA